UAUCAGAGUUCGCUGAAAAAAAGAAAAACGUGAUUUUGCUUCAGCUCCUGUAAAAACUGUGAAGACCGCGAACUCACUCCAAUUCCGUUGGCAACGGUUUCCAUCACCGCCAGCAAUUCCAAGCGUUCGACGAUCGCGAAGGAAGAACCCUAAUUCCGUUUUACGCACAAUCCAAUUCCCAUGACCGGCAACGAGUUUCGGUUCUUCUUGUCCUGCGAUAUCAAUCUUCCUGUCACCUUCCGCGUCGAGCGUCUCGAAGGCAAUUUGCCCCUUCCCCAAACCCCCAAUUCAGAAAAUAAUGCUCCCACUGAGGAGGAUACAACAGCAGAGUUAUAUGUCGAGUGUGCGUUGUUCAUCGAUGGUGCACCAUUUGGCCUACCCACCAGAACAAGGUUGGAGUCCUCUGGACCAUCAUAUUGUUGGAAUGAGCUCAUCACUUUGACCACUAAGUAUCGAGAUUUGACUGCUCAGUCCCAACUCACUUUCACCGUUUGGGAUCUUUCACAUGGUGAAGGAUUGAUUGGAGGAGCCACAAUUCUUCUCUUUAACAACAAAAAACAGCUCAAAACUGGAAAGCAAAAGCUUAGGCUUUGGGCUAGCAAAGAGGCAGAUGGAAAUUUCCCUACUUCCACACCUGGAAAGGUUCCCAGGCAUGAGCGUGGGGAGCUGGAGCGAUUGGAAAAGCUUGUGAAUAAGUAUGAGAGAGGUCAAAUUCAGCGAGUAGACUGGCUGGAUCGGCUGACAUUUAAAACUAUGGAGAAAAUUAAGGAACGUGAAAGCUUGAAAAAUGGAAGUUCUCAUUUGUACCUUGUUGUAGAUUUCUGUAGUUUUGAGCAUCGAGUUGUCUUUCAGGAAUCAGGUGCAAAUUUUUUGUUGCCAUCCCCUAUAGCUUCAACCAAUGACAUUGUUAUUGUCUGGGACCCAGAAGUAGGAAAGAUAAAUCCCUCGGAGCACAAACAGUUAAAGCUGGCGAGGAGUUUGACCCGGGGUGUCAUAGACAGAGAUCUGAAGCCAAGCUCUAAUGAGAGAAAGUCCAUUCAGAGGAUACUAAAAUAUCCACCAACAAGGACUUUGAGUGGAGAUGAGCGGCAGCUCUUGUGGAAAUUCCGCUUCUCUUUGAUGUCUGAAAAGAGGGCUCUAACAAAGUUCCUUCGUUGUGUUGAAUGGAGUGAUGUUCAGGAAGCAAAACAAGCACUAGAAUUGGUGGGCAAGUGGGAAAUGAUUGACGUUUGUGAUGCACUGGAACUUCUGUCUCCCGUUUUUGAAAGUGAAGAGGUCCGUGCUUAUGCAGUUAGUGUUCUUGAAAGAGCUGAUGAUGAAGAGCUUCAAUGUUACCUGCUUCAAUUGGUUCAGGCUCUUCGGUUUGAGCGCUCUGACAAAUCUCGCCUUUCUCACUUCCUUGUCCAGCGUGCAUUACGCAAUAUUGAAUUGGCAAGCUUUCUUCGCUGGUAUGUGGCUGUUGAACUUUAUGACCCUUCAUAUGCCAAGCGAUUUUACUGCACUUAUGAGCUUCUGGAGGAGAAUAUGAUGAAGAUGCUAGCUGGUAUGAAUGGAGAAGAAGAUGGAUUUAAACUGUGGCAGAGUUUAGUACGUCAGACAGAAUUGACUGCUCAGUUGUGCUCAAUCACCAGAGAUGUAAGGAAUGUCCGUGGUAAUACACAGAAGAAGAUUGAAAAGCUAAGACAACUGCUUUCAGGUCUUCUUAGUGAGCUUACCUAUUUUGAUGAGCCAAUACGAUCACCUCUGACACCAGGUGUCCUCAUCACUGGGAUCGUAGCCUCAGAGUCGUCAAUAUUUAAAAGUGCAUUGCAUCCUUUGCGCCUUACAUUUAAAGCAGCAAAUGGUGGAACUUGUAAAGUCAUAUUUAAAAAGGGUGACGAUCUUCGCCAGGACCAGUUGGUUGUUCAAAUGGUAUCACUAAUGGAUCGAUUGCUUAAGUUAGAAAAUCUUGAUCUACACUUAACGCCAUACAGGGUGCUAGCAACUGGGCAAGAUGAAGGCAUGUUAGAAUUCAUUCCAUCCCGUUCAUUGGCGCAGAUUUUAUCAGAACAUCGUAGCAUCGUAAGCUAUUUACAGAAGUUUCAUCCUGAUGAGCAUGGGCCUUUUGGAAUUACAGCCACUUGUCUUGAAACGUUUAUAAAAAGUUGUGCUGGCUACUCCGUUAUCACAUAUAUACUUGGUAUUGGAGACAGGCACUUAGACAACCUCCUCCUUAGAGACGAUGGGAGUCUUUUCCAUGUUGAUUUUGGUUUUAUUCUUGGACGAGAUCCUAAGCCAUUUCCACCACCAAUGAAGCUUUGCAAGGAAAUGGUUGAGGCUAUGGGUGGAGCUGAAAGCCAAUACUAUACAAGGUUCAAGUCCUAUUGUUGUGAAGCAUACAACAUUCUUCGGAAAUCCAGUAACCUAAUUUUAAAUCUAUUUUACUUAAUGGCGGGUUCCAAUAUUCCUGACAUAGCGUCUGAUCCAGAAAAAGGGAUUCUUAAGCUUCAGGAAAAGUUUCGGUUGGACUUGGAUGAUGAAGCCAGUAUACAUUUCUUCCAGGAUCUUAUCAAUGAGAGUGUGAGUGCAUUGUUCCCUCAGAUGGUUGAGACCAUUCAUCGUUGGGCUCAAUAUUGGCGGUAACCCCAAUAUUUGUUGGGUCAUAUCACACUGUUGUAAUUAGCCAGGUAAUUUCUAGUUCUAUUGAGUAGGAAAACUAUAAAUUAUGAUGAAUUCCAUUUUCUUCACCUCUCCUUGCCUCUUAAAAAUGAAUGCACUAACUAUACGCGGUUGAGGUCUUCUCUUGGAACUCCAUUCGCGAGUGAGGUCUGUAUGCAGCUGUAAUUUCUAAUCUAAUCAUCCUAAGGUCAGGGAGGUUGUCUGUAAAGUGUGUACAUAAAUGACUUUUAUUCUGGCUACAUUUGUAUCAACACGGCAGCAUUUCUUAUAAAAUCGUUUUCACGUGCAAA